AUGGAAGCCGGCGCGGCAGCGGCACCGGCUGCGGCUGAAGGGAGCGGGUCUGCGGAACCAACAGGGUCGCCAGGCUCAGCGCAUGCGGCGGCGUUGGUGGCGAGCCGCGUGACGAAAUCUCGCGCUCGCAAGCUACGUAUGAUCGCGCACGCAGCGAAAACCUCGCAGAAAACGCCAAACGGGCCGUCGGGCGGCGGAGAAGACGACGAGGACGUGGACAACCCGUUUGCGGACAUGCUUAGACGCAGCACGAGUGCCCGAGGUAGCAACAGCAGCGCAAGUGUGCAGAGCCGCGACGACUUAGUUGGAAGUUCCAGCGCGCGGGAGUUGGGAUCUGGUGGUAGCAUCGGCGGAAGCCACGCGCAACUAGCGGAGGUCCACUCAUCGGCAGUUCCGCCGACUGUUCCGGCAGGACAAAACGCGGCUGACGCGACAACUGUUCCGGCGGUUUCAAACGGUAUCGCUGAAGCCGAGGAAAAGGAACCCCAGCAGCAGCAGCAGCAGCACCUGCUGCGUGAUGUCGAAACUGUUAGGAACGAGGAUGCGAAGCCGGGUCUGGCGUUAAAUGUAUCUUGUGAACCUGAUGAAAACUCGCGUAGUUGCCACGCGGGGGAAAGUGCGCACGCGGGGGAAAGUGCGCACGCGAACCCCUCCUCUUCCGCGUGGGCAUUUGCGCCGGCGACAGCGGCGGUGGGGAGCACUGGUGUGGAGUCACCGGCGCGGGAGCAAGCUGGCUCCGGUGAUUCGUCUGCCGCGUCGACGCCGCGCAGGCAGGGCCGGAGCAGCCGACGUGUCCUCCACGUCGGAGCGUCGCAGCGCCGAGCGCUGCUUCGCUGUCGCGCGGCGGAGAGGCGACUCAACGGCGUCUCGGGCGACGGCGUCGCAGGAGGAGGCGACGUGUUGGAGCGAAGCCAGACGUUGGACUACUCGCGGCUGCGGUCCCGCAGCGACAUGCGCGACUCGCUGGAUUCCUUCGCGGGCGAGGCGUACGCCGCAAGCGUCGGGAUUCUGGAGGAAGAUAUUUUCGACUCGUUCGAGGAUCUGCGGUCGGAAGAUGGAGGUGAAAGUGUCGGGAGAGGCGGGGGAGGAGGAAGCGGCUCGGGUAGGUGGCUUCCGCCGUAUUUCAGGACCGCAGAGAAGCAGCAGCAGCAGCAGCAGGGGGAACAGCCGCAGCAGCAGCAGCAGCAGCAGGGGGAGCAGGUGGAGCAGGAUGAGCGGGAGGAGCGGGAGCAGCGGAAUCAGCAGCAGCGGGGGCGGCGGAGCUUGAGCUGGAAAGAGAAGACAGACGAUGGAGACGAGUUGACGGACUAUCCGCGAAGCGGCAGCUAUGGCGAGAGCGUGUGCGAGUCGGACGUGCAGAGCGUAGACGACGGCGAGUUCAGUAUAGACGGCGAUAACGAGUCGCUAGGCGGCGAAAGGAAAACGCGCGUCCGCUUUAGAAGGAUCACCAACAGCAGGAGCCUGAAAGCGCUCUCCGGCCGCGACGCGGAAUCUGACUGUAACGGCGACGCCGCCGCCGCCGGCGGCGGUGGUCCUAGAUCCGCGGCAACGGUCACCAGCCCGUCGGACGCGCAGUACGCGCAUUUCACGGCGGCUUUGCCGCCGCUAUGCGCGUCCCCGCUAAGGACGUACAGCUCGCGGCGGCGCACUAUGGAGCUCGCGCUGAUCUCCCCCACCGCCGUCGCCAACAGGCGCAACAAUUCCGCCUCUUCCCCCUCCGCUUCCCCCUACCAUGCGCGUUCCGCGGGCCUCUCGCCUUCCUCCGCGAACGCUUCCGCGGGCUUCGGCAAUGGUUCUGCUUCGGGGAUAAGUCCCCCCGCCGGCAGCGCUUCUGCUGUGCCCUCUGGUCCUGCCGCCGUGGCCGGCGCUACCGCCGCGUCCGGGGAGCGUAGGGCGGUUCGGCAAUGGACGGGGCCUCGAGCCGCGAGCCCUGACGUGCCGCCACCUGGCGGCGUGGUAGUGGUCAGAGAAAGGGCCUUCACUCGAUCCCUCACGCUAGGAUGCAAUCCCAGCGCGAGCCAGCAGAGCCAGCAGCAGCAGCAACAGCGGGACGUGCGGAGAAGCUAUGGCGGUAGUUUCAAGGACCGCGUGGGCGCGCUUGAGGGGGACGGGGAGAUGAUGGGGGGUGGGGGAUGGGGCGCCUCUCGCGAGCCCACGCCCGUGCACAGCAGCAGCAGCAGCAGCAGCAGCAGGUACCAGGGCGGGAUGAAUGCGGGGAAUGUGGAGAAUGGCGGGGAGACAGUGGGCAAUGGGGGAGGGUUGGUGGUUGCUCCGCAGUGCGCCGUGUGCCGUGGUGCUCGUGGUGGCGCUUCUGGCGCUGGUAGGGCCGGUGGCAGUGGCGGCGGCGGUGGUCGCCGUGGGAGCUGCAGCGGGUGUGACUGUUGCAGUGGGGCUGUUAGCGGGGCGGACGCUGGGGAGGGUUUGGAGGGGCCGGGCAGAGGGAGCAGAGGCGCAGGCGGAGCAGGGGGAGCAGGGGGAGGGGGGAGCAGAGGGAGCAGCUGCGGCGGAAGCCGGUGGGGCUCGCCACAAGACUGGGCAUCAGCAGCAGCGGCAGUAGCGGGAGGAGUGCCAGGCGCAGCAGGCGGGGCAGGCCAGGCAGGCGGGGUAGGCGGAACAGCAGGCGCGGCGGGAAGCGCGAUGGGCAUGGGAGGCGGAGCUCCCAAGGUGAUGGUAUCCAUUCUGCCGAGCUUCGCCCAGCACCGCGCCAUGGUGGCGCAGGCGGAGCAGCAGGAGAAGGCGCUGCUGCUGGGGGACCUCGCAGGCAAGCUGGGGCGCAGGCGGAGGGGAGGUGCGGGAGGGGGAGGGGGUGCGCGGGUGCUAGUGGCUACUCACGCGGACGGUGAUGGGGAGGAGGGGAGUGAGACGGAACCGCUGGGGAAAACGGGCAGUGAGGGGAGCGUUGUGGACGAGAGGGGAGGGGAGGGGGAUGGUGUGGAGGGAGGAGAGCGGGGUGACAAUGUUCAGAUGUGCAGUGAGCAAGUAGGACACGCAGAGCAGGAGAAACAGGUGGAACAGGAGGGGCAGGUGGGUUGUGUAAGGCAAGGGGCAGGUGAAGGGACAGGUGAAGGGGCAGCUGAUGCACCAGCAGGGCAGUCAGUGGAUGGGCGCUUCCGGAGUGUUGCUUCCUCUACCUUUUCGGAGUCUCCUCUUUCUGAUGGUCCUAUCAGUGCAGGUGGGGUUGAGGCUUACGAGCAACAGCAGCAGCAGCAGCCGCCUCUUCAUGCCUUAGCUGAGACGGGCAAGGCUCAGCAGCAACACUGGGAGGACCCUGUGCUGAUCGCUCCCAUGUACUCGGUUCGUGCUGAAACAUAG